GCUAAUCAUCUGAGAAUGCAGUGUGCUGGGAAAGCAUUGGAGGAGCUGCUUCUCUCCGCUAAAAGUCAGAAAUGUUUGACAGUUGGAGUGUAUGAGUCUGCCAAACUCAUGAAUGUUGAUCCAGACUGCGUGGCUUUCUGUGUUCUGGCAACUGAUGAGGAGUACGAAUGCGACAUCGCCCUGCAGAUCCACUUCACCUUAAUCCAGGCGUUCUGCUUUGAUAACAAUGUAGACAUCGUGAGAGUGAACGACACCCAGCGACUGGCUGAGAUUCUGGGCGACACUGAUGAGUCUGGCGCACCUGAAGACGUGCAUUGCAUUCUUGUCACAAAUCCAAGUGAAGAUGCUUUGGACGACCCUGCUCUGGAAAAGUUGAGCCUGUUCUGUGAAGAAAGCCGCAGCUUUAGUGAAUGGGUCCCUGCUAUCACACUGCUUGAGCGUUGAAGUGAGGCACGUCAACUCCGAUUGGAGAUGCUUAACCUUUAUUGAAUCAUCAUGAUGGAAUACAUGGGUGACCCAUUAAAUUCCCGAAAUCUGUGGAUUAUCAUAUUGAAUAAUCAAUCAGGGAACGGAAAGUCGCUGGAACAGGCGUGCUGAAGGGCCUUGCGACUCAGAUGUACGGUUCAUACCAAAUUGCUCCCACUUUCCAGAUGGAGUGGGGGCUGGUAUAUCACAGGUGGUUGCUCUUAAGUUUGAGGGUCUGUGUGUAGCCCAUAAGAGAUAAAGAGCAUCAUGGGAAUUCCAAAGUCAUUUCUUUAGCUGAAAUGAACUGGUGAUAAGUUUGCAAAUAAAAACUGCUCUUAAGAUGAGGAAGUUCUGUUGUGAAAUGUUUUGAAGUAAGAUGAUUAUGAACAGGCAGCUUUAUAAUUUUAAAUGUUU